AUGUCACGAAAAUUCAAAUAUUUAUACACUAUUCAGCUCCCUUCUCAAUGGCAUCAAAACUUUGAUGAUGGAGAACGUCUGGCAUAUCAGGCCACCGGCGGCGAGGGCCAGACCGAUCAACGCCAAGGGAUAAGCGGCAAAACUGUGACUGAAUCCGCCCAACUGGUGGAUCACCGCCACCAAGCACAAUACACCUGCAUUAAAAUUCGCUAUAUUCCUUGUACCGAAACUUAUCCAAUACAGAAAAAUAGAGACCUAGCGAUCCAACAUACAAAAUUGAUGGAGUUAACAAGAAUUUAA